AUGGAGGUUCACCACAAUGGUGAAUUUAGGGAGAAGCCAAACAAAGUUUACAUUGAAGGACAUAUGGAUUGCAUAAAUGACUGUGAUGUUAACUUGAUGUCGCUUAUUGAAAUGGAUGAUAUAGCCUCUACUAUUGGAUAUGCUCCAUACAUUGGAUAUUAUUACAGAAUUCUUGAUGGUGAUGUCUCAGUUGAUAAGGGGAAAAGGGUAAGAUCAAAGUGUGAUGAAUUAGACAGUGAAUACCAACUUGACUCUGAAUCUAGUGACUAUGAUUUUUUGGGUUUGCUUCUAGCAUUGACUGAGAGAGUACCAGUAUCUGAGUAUAGGCAUUAUGCUAGGCACAUGCUAAACAAUUUCAUUAGACACUUUAAAGGAUUGGAUAUUAGGAAGAAAUUUUGGAAAUGUGCUAAGGCAACACAUAUUUUAGAAUUUGACUAUGAAAUGAAAAUGGUGAAAGAAGAAGAAGAGAAGGCAUUUGAUUAG